AUGAAGACUCGGGAAUGGAUCCUGUUUACGUGCUUCUUUCUCGGCCUGUGCGUAAUCGGAGACUCCUCAGAUGCCGAGAAUGUAUUGAUGAAGAAGCUUUUCUCUACUUACAAUGUCAAAGUGCGGCCAGCAGAAACGCCAAAGAGCAAGGUGGUCGUCAGGAUUGGCAUGAUUCUGUCAUCCUUCGUCAGUCUGAAUAUGAAAGAUGAAGAGAUGAACACUGUGGUAAUCAUGAAUCUGGAGUGGAAGGAUCACAGAUUGUCUUGGAAUCCCAAAGAGCAUGAUGGAAUUGAUGUACUAAGAAUACCUGCAGGAAAAGUGUGGCUCCCAGAUAUUGUUCUUAUUAAUAAUAAUGAUGGAGUGUUCGAUGUGGCUCUACACGUCCAUGUUCAAGCCUAUAGUAAUGGCAGAGUGACGUGGACUCCUCCUGCUCUUUACCGCAGCUCAUGUGGGGUUAAGGUCACAUACUUUCCCUUUGAUUGGCAGAACUGCACCAUGGUCUUUCACUCUUACACUUAUGAUUCGUCUGAAGUGGAUCUCCAGUAUGCCCUUGAUGAGAUGGGAAAUGAAAUACGAGAAAUCGUCUUCGACUCCGGUUUCAGUGAAAGCGGAGAGUGGCACAUCCGUCACAAACCUACCAGGAAAAACGUAAAAAAACAAGACCUCUAUGAAGACAUCACUUUCUACCUGAUUAUUGAGCGCAAGCCCAUGUACUAUGUGGUGAACAUCAUCCUGCCCUGCAUCCUCAUCACAAUCAUUGCCAUUUUUAAUUUCUACCUGCCACCUGAUGCUGGAGAGAAAAUGGGUUUAUCCAUCAACGUGCUGCUGACCCUUACUGUCUUUCUGCUCCUGCUGGCUGAUAGAGUUCCAGAGACAUCUCUGGGUGUCCCCACCAUCGUCAACUACCUGAUGUUCACCAUGGUCCUGGUGACGUGCUCAGUCAUUCUCAGUGUGGUGGUGUUAAAUCUGCAUCAUCGUUCACCAAACACCCACCACAUGCCACUGUGGGUGCGCAAGAUUUUUAUCCACAUACUGCCCCAGUAUCUAGGACUCCUCAGGCCCAAGGUGGAGACACCGCUUUCUCUAGAGCGUCCACCCAAGAAGAACAUCAACGCCAUCAGUCGAGCAGCAGACGAAUACUUUAUUCGCAAACCUGCCACCUGUAUGCUCUUUCCCAAACCGAACAGGUACCAGCCAGAUGACCUGUGCAGUGACCUGAGGAAGUUUAUUGAUGGUCCCAGUCACUACCUGUCUCUGCCUCCUGAGCUGAAGUCUGCUGUGGAGGCAAUUUGCUAUAUUGCUGAGCAGCUACAGGCUGAGAAAGACUAUGAAGCUUUAAAGGAAGACUGGCAGUAUGUUGCCAUGGUGGCUGACCGUCUCUUUCUCUGGAUCUUUGUCAUCUUCACUACCGUUGGUACUCUGGCCAUUUUUGCUGAAGCCAGUUUCAAUGCUACACCCAGUGAUCCCUUCAUGAGUCCCUAG